UUUUAGCUCUGUUUGUCACCUUUGAGCUUGGAGCGUAGACUUUUACGAGCCGCACCUGAAGGCAGCAGUAGGGUUCAACCUGAGGGAAGGAGGAAGGAAACAAGGAAACGUCAAGGACACGAGGCUUACUAUCGGAGCGCGAGCUGUAGGUGCCUCAUUAUCAUUGGAGUGGCCUUUAUCGUCGUCGCCAAGAUCUCCAUGGGCUUGUGCGGUGUGUCUUACGUUGCAGAGCGAAAAACAGGGACCUAAGCACGGGCCAUGGGGGCGGGGGGGAUUACAUUUCUUAAAAAUGCAUCUUUUAUUUAUUAAAACUAGUUUUCAGACUUCGCACAAAUAGCCCAACAGUUCCCCUUGAAGAGCAGAGAUAGUUUUGAAAAGUGCAAGAGGAAUGCUCGCUAAAGAAAACUCCCGGUCAUACCAAGAGUUCAAUGACGACGACGACGAUGAAGGCGACACACAGUCUCCAGGCUUUUUUGACGAUGCCACUAAAGACCUGGAGCACGAGGAGCCGAACGGCAGCAUCUCACAAGAGGAGGACAUCAGGGAAAGCAGUCCGUCGGUGAGAUUCAGUAAAGCCUGCCUGAAGAAUUUCUUCACAGUCGUGCUCAUCUUCAUCUACCUGCUGCUGACUGCGGUGGCAGUGUUCCUGGCCUACCAGACCAUCUCUGACUUUUUGGAGAAACUCAACCACCCUAUUAUGUCUGUCACCUACAAAGAAGUUGACUCGUUUUCACCCCCAGGUAUCGCUUUGUACCCCGGCAAAGCUCAGCUGUUGAGCUGCAAACAUCACUACCAUGACUACAUCCCUCCUUUAGUGGACCCAGGCAAGCCUCAAGAAGGAGACUGUUUGAUUAAAGAAGUGACUUACUUUGGGCCAUUUAAUAAUCAAACAGAGAAAAGAGCUCUGGUGGUCCGUGGCCCAUCUGAUGUCAGAAACAAAGAGUUGGUCUUCCUACAGUUCAGUCAUAAUGAAACAGAAGAGGACUUCAGCGCCAUCACUUACAUGCUUUUUGCUAAGUUUAGUGACUUGACUGACAGUGCAAAUAAAUCUGAGUUUAUGAGGGAUUGUGAGAGGAAUUACUCCAUGUGGACUUUCUCUGGAGGAUUCAGAACCUGGGUCAAGAUGUCUUCAGUGAGGACGUCUGGGAAAAGCAACGAAGCUGUCGAGUUUCGGCAAGAGUCCGCUGUGGUGAAAUUCAACGACAAAAGGCCUGAAUCAGAGAAAACCAAUCAGCUGUUCUUUGCUGUCUUUGAAUGGCGGGAUCCGUUCAUGCAAGAAAUCAGACUGAUAGUGACUGCAAAUCCCUGGAGCUCUGUAGCCAUCCUCUGUGGCGUCUUCAUGGCUCUCUUCAAGGCUGCAAAUUUUGCCAAACUCACCAUUCAGUGGAUAAUCAGGAUGCGUAAGAGGCAUCUGAGGAAUAAAGUACGGGAACUGAACCGAGUAAACUGAAACGCUUUGCAGGAAGGCACUGAUGACACAAUCUGACAACAUCCAAAUCAUCCAUGUGAUUGAUCUAAGUUUUAUUUUUGAGGUCUCUACUUGGACCAUUUUGUCAUCAUUGAUAAGGAUUAUCAACACUAAAGAAUGCUGUUCCAUAACAUAACAGAAAGUGAUAUGUUCUAACCAAAUAUUACUGCUCAAUUAAUUAUUUCCUAAAAAUGGUCAGUUUGGCAAAAUGUUUGUGGAUUUUUAUUUGUUGUUGCAUUUCAAAAUAAGAGGUAUUUCAUAAAUAUUGUUUUAAACAUUCCUGGAAAUUCUGUUUUUGUAUGCACGUAAAAGAAAAUGUUGCUUAAAGAUGAGACACUUAAAAUGUUUCUUAUGGUUUGAGAGCUUUUCAAAGGAUGUUUAGAUGUAUGGCUGUUUCAGGUGUAAAACUGAGAAAAUGUGAACUUUGGUCAAAAUAGAUUGUUUCUCAUUUGUAUAACCUUAUUCUAAAGGGAAAUAAAAAAACAAUUUCAGAAAAUAUCACAUUCAUGUCAAAAAGCAUUAUAAUUAUACUGAACUAAAGGGAUUGCCAUGGACUACUACUACAGCAUGAUCUGCUGUAUUUUUUUUUUUUUGUAGAUUUAAGCUAAAUCUGUCCUGGCCGAACUUUGUCUUACUACUGUUGUUAUUAUUUGAUUUUUAACAUAAUGUAAAAACAAAUGAUCACUGUGUUCAUUGUUGUCCAAAUUUACUUGAAUUAAUGUCUUAAUUGUGUUGUUGUUCAAUAUGUAUCUCACACGUUAUGUUUUUAGAAAUUUUUGAAAAUAAAAAUAUAUUUUAUUUUUA